AUUCGUUCCCGUUCGACUGCUGGGAAAUCCUGCAUAAUGGUUUUAAUACCACUGGCAUAUACCAGAUUUAUCCCUGGGGAUCCAGUGGAAAGUCGAUGGACGUACUCUGUAAUAUGGAUGUUGAACCAAAAGGAUGGACGGUGUUUCAAUGGCGUCAGCCUUUAACUGAAAACUUUACUAGAAAUUGGGAAGAGUACAAAAAUGGUUUUGGGAAUGUCAAUGGUGAAUUCUGGCUAGGAAACGAGAUCGUUCAUCUUUUGACAAAACCACACCGAACAUUGUUUCACAUUGGUAUAUCAAGUAAAAAUGGAAGCUCUUGGUAUGAAAGAUUUGACGACAUGAAAUUAGCAUCCGAAGCUCAAAAGUACAUGAUAACUCUCGGAAGGGCCUCAGGAACUGCUGGUGAUGUAAGUUCAAGUGAAUAUGGUGGCGCUGGUACUAUGGAGGGUCGUUCCUUUACGACAUAUGAUAGAGACAAUGAUUUGUCACCUUAUAACUGUGCAGCAAAUUACAAAGGAGGAUGGUGGUUCAAUUACUGUCACUACGUUUUUCUAAAUGGACCACGUUAUUUUACUGGAGUCACCGUGUAUACAGUCCAGAACGCUGUCGGGCAUAAUCUGACUCUGAAGCUCUGUGUCUGCGUGUCUCUGCACUGCUAUGUACCACAGUACCGACUCAACAUGCGCACAGCUGCCCACUAA